AUGGCAAAAGUGCUGGAAGGGGGCCCAUGGUUAAUCAGGAAAGUUCCUUUAUUCUUGAAUGUUUGGACACCAUCGGUUAGCUUGAAGAAGGAGGGGAUCAAAACGGUUCCGGUAUGGGUUAAAAUGUUUAAUGUUCCUAUUUCAGUCUAUACAGAUGAUGGCUUGAGUCUUUUAGCUUCAAAGAUAGGUAAUCCGAAGAGACUUGAUGGAUACACGGCUGAUAUGUGUGCGGAUAGUUGGGGGAGGAGCAGUUUUGCUCGGGCUUUAAUUGAGAUAGACGCGGAUCAGGAACUGAAAGAUCAUAUCGUUAUAGCCAUUCCUAAGCUUGAUGAAGAUGGGUACAUUACUGAAAAGGUAAAAAUUGAAUAUGAAUGGCAGCCGCAAAGGUGUUCCAUUUGCUGUAUUUUUGGCCAUAAUGACCAGAAUUGUGCCAAGAAUGUCCAACAUAAAGAGAAACAAGUGGCUAUUGAUGAGGAUGGCUUCACUGUGGAUAAGAGAAAGGUGGCUCGUGGGGGUGUAAUGAAUAAGAAACAAAAGCCAAAACAGAAGUUUGUUUAUCGGCCGAAGGUUAACAAUUAUGGGCCGAGCACGUCAGGAACGAAACCGGAUACGACGAGUGUUGCUACUAAUGAAGGGGUACAUACUCAAAACUCGUUUGCUGCUUUGCAUUUGGAUGAUGGGGAGGCGGAUGUCGGUGAUACGAGGAAGGUUGAUAAUGGGAAGUCGGCUAGAAUAGAUAAUAAUGGGAAAGAUACUCGAAUAGAUGAAGAGGUGGUGGAAAAGGUCCCUACUGAGAUGGCUGACUUUAUGCGUGGUGAGAGGCAAAAACAUUCUGAGGGGGCAAGCACUCCCGGUCACAAUGGUGUUGAUGGAUAG